AAUUCAGUGCGAAUAACAUUGAAAUUUAUAUUUGAUUGAAGAAAUGUCUUUCAAUAAAAAUGCGGUUUUUUCUGAACCAUUACACGAAGAUACCGUAUAUUGCACGUUUUAUUCUUUAUCAUUGCUUGAAAGAUCACAAUGGGUGUCAUUGUGUGACCAAAUCAAUGAAACAAUCUUAACUUUGUCAAAAGAUUACAUCUGGCAUAGAGAUGUUUUCAAAGUCUUUCUACCACUUUAUGAGAAUAAAAAUCUACACAACUAUCCUAUGCAUUUAAUUAGUGUAACAUGUUUUGGUGACAAUAUUGAAGAUGAAUGGUUCAUAGUUUACCUUGUAAAAAAUAUAACAAAGCUAUACACUAACAUAGUUGUACAAAUUAAAGACAGUGAUGGUGAAUUUUUAUUAAUAGAAGCUGCAAAUUAUUUGCCUUCAUGGGCAAAUUCAAAUACUACAGAAAAUAGAGUGUUCAUUUACAACAACAAUUUACAUAUAAUACCUCCAUAUGUGGCAAGUAUAGAUGAGAAGUUAGAAAUAUCAGAAGCAUUAAAAUACUUGGAAAUCAAUAAAGACACUAAGUCAACACAUGAAAUUGAAAAUGCUAUAUCGUUAAGAAUUGAGAAGUUUUCUAAACAUUUAAGUGAUUAUUUCCAUACAUCAGUUGUCAGACUUCCAAUAGAGGUAGCUACUUUACUGAAACUUGAACCUCAAUACAUUGCUAACUUUAUUAAUGCCUAUUGUAAUCAUGAAGAAUCUAAGUCCUGUCCUGUGAUUAAUUAUGAAAAUUUAGUGGAUGUUCCAGUGAAGUUUACUAAGUUCUUGUAUGCAAUAUUGAUGCAGUCAAAACCUAUUAAACAUUUUAGUAAAAGAAAAUCCACAAAUGAUAAGAGCACUUUACUUGGUUUGAAAAUUUCCUAUGGUUAUCAAAUUAUAACCAACUCAUCAAAUGAGGUUUUUUUAACCAAUGCAUAUAAUAAAUUUAUUGCUACUUUAAGGAACAAUGGUUAUUUUAAAGGUAAUUUAGAGGGUUCUAGGGAUUAUCAACAGCUUUUAGAAAAAGCUAAGGAUUAUUUCUUAAAUACUGAAUGCUCAGUAAGUUCUAAUGCAUCUUACAAUAUUGCAAAAACACUAAGUUCAGAAAAUUUCACUCAAGAAAUGGAAAAUAUAAAAAAUUAUAGUACAAAUUUGGAUUUCUCAGAUGAUAACGAUGACUGGAUGACCAUUCAUCCUGAUGAGUUAAAUAAUACAUUAAAUUCACGCUAUGGCCAAAAAUCUAAAUUUACAGUAAAAAGUGAAAUUACUCCAGAGUCGAUAACAAAGGACCUUAAUAAUUUUCUAAAUAAUACUUCAAACUUUGAGGGGAUUGAAUCAGAAUAUACUGAUAAUAAUACUAUUGAAUUUGAGGCAGAUGAAUUUCAAUCUUCCAUUGAGAAGUUUUUGGGAUUAUUGAGUAUGAAUCAAAAUGAUGUGCAAGAAGAGUCAGAUUUAUUAGAUGAUGAAGAUUGUAUUUCCGAAAAUGGAGAUAUUACUGAAGAAUUAGAAGAAGAAAUGAAAUCUAAACUGGGAAAUGAUGAUAUAGACUCAUUACACAAUCAGAAAAAUAUUUUACAAAAUUUCUUGCAAAGUAUUAAAGAAGAAAAAGCUGCAUCUGGUCCUUCCAGUAAUCUACUACAGUCAAUAGGCCUUAGAAAAACACAAUUAUUAGACUCAGAUGAUGAUGAUGAUAAUAAAACAUAAUAACUUA